UGAAGCACCUCCCUCUAAAAUCCCACCCUCCUUAUUUGUGGGGGCCAAAGAAGCCUUUGUUUCUCCCGUGCAUCGGUGACCCCUUUUGGGGUCUGGAUUCGGUCGCACCUCUGAUUCGGAGACUAAAAACCUCGAGGCAGAAAUUGGCAGGAGACGGAGUUCCUUCAGCCCUGUUCAAAGCUUUGUAAGAUGGAUGGAGAAGACUCAGCUGGCCCUGAAGUAGGAGGCCCUGAUGUCAUCAAGACUGGGAGCAGUGGGGGAUUCUGGGAAAGAAUUAUGCAGAAGGUCCUGGGUGAGGAGGACACCCUCAGCUCAGAUGUACAGCGGCAACAGUUCAGGCAUUUCCGCUACCAGGAGGCUGAGGGGCCCCGAGUUGUUUGCAGCCGACUCUGCUGGCUCUGCCAUCGGUGGUUGAAACCAGAACGACACACGAAGAAUGAGAUCCUGGACCUGGUGAUCCUGGAGCAGUUCUUGGCUGUCCUUCCACCGGAGAUGCAGAGCUGGGUCAGAGAAUGUGGAGCGAAGACCACUUCCCAGGCGGUGGCCCUGGCCGAAGGUUUCCUCCUGAGCCGGGCAGAGGACAAGAAGCAGGCGGAGCAGCAGGCAAAGGAUGCGUUUACAGAAACAGGCACUGAUUUCCCCGAGGCAGAGAGGAGUCCAUUGAAUGCCAGACAGAAUCAAUUGGGUGAUGAAAUGAUGCCAGCAAGACCUCAGCCGUCUCUUCUUUGUGGGAAAAGGGAAGCAGCUGCUGUAGAGGAAGAUCGGGAUCCAGUGUCCUUUGAGGAUGUGGCUGUGCAUUUCACCGAGGAGGAGUGGGCGCUGCUAGAUCCUGACCAGAGAGCGCUGCAUCAGGAAGUCACGGAGGAGAAUUGUCGGAUCAUGGCCUCUCUCGGCGGUGAUGAAUUGGAACCAAAUGAUAAAGGAGACCAUGACAAAAUCUACACAGUGGAGAAGCCAUGUAAACAUUUGGAAUGCAGAGAGAGCUUCAGUCAGAGUUCCCAGCAAAGAAUUCACACUGCAGAUAAAUCAUAUAAAUGCUUAGAAUGUGGGGAAAGGUUCAUUCAGAACUCCACUCUCACUUCCCAUCAAAGAAUGUACAGUGGGAAGAAACUGUAUAAAUGCUUGGAAUGUGGAAAGAGCUUUAAAAGCAGCAACAGCUUCCGUUGUCAUCAAAGAAUUCACACAGGGGAGAAACCAUAUCAAUGCUUGGAAUGUGGGAAGAGCUUCAAUCGGCACGAAAGUCUCACUUCCCAUCAAAGAAUUCAUACAGGGGAGAAACCAUAUCAAUGCUUGGAAUGUGGAAGAAGGUUCACUAAGAGAUCCACUCUUGCUUCCCAUCAAAGAAUUCACAGUGGGAAGAAACUGUAUAAAUGCUUGGAAUGUGGAAAGAGCUUCAACAGGAAGGACAGUCUCAUUUCCCAUCAAAGAAUUCAUACAGGGCAGAAACCAUAUCAGUGCUUGGAAUGUGGGAAGAGCUUCAGCUGGAAAGAUAGUCUCACAUCCCAUCAAAUAAUUCAUACAGGGGAGAAACCAUAUCAGUGCUUGGAAUGUGGGAAGAGCUUCACCCGCAAGGCAAGUCUCACUGCUCAUCAAAUAAUUCACAGUGGAGAGAAACCGUAUCAGUGCUUGGAAUGUGGGAAGAGCUUCAACUGGAAGGACAGUCUCACAUCCCAUCAAAUAAUUCAUACAGGGGAGAAACCAUAUCAAUGUUUGGAAUGUGGAAACAGCUUUACCCGCAAGGCAAGUCUCACUGCCCAUCAAAUAAUUCACAGUGGGGAGAAACCAUAUCAAUGCUUGGAAUGUGGGAAGAGUUUCAGCUUUAGGCAAGCUUUCGCUUACCAUCAAAGAAUUCAUACAGGGGAGAAACCAUAUCAGUGCUUAGAAUGUGGAGAGAGGUUCGCUAAGAACUCCACUCUCGCUUCCCAUCAAAGAAUUCACAGUGGGAAGAAACCAUAUAAAUGCUUGGAAUGUGGGAAGAGCUUCAGCUGCAAGGGCAGUCUAACUUCCCAUAAAAGAAUUCAUACAGGGGAGAAACCAUAUCAGUGCUUGGAAUGUGGGAAGAGCUUCAGCUGGAAGGACAGUCUAACUUCUCAUCAAAUAAUUCAUACAGGGGAGAAACCAUAUCAGUGCUUGGAAUGUGGAAACAGUUUCACCCGCAAGGCAAGUCUCACUGCCCAUCAAAUAAUUCACAGUGGGGAGAAACCGUAUCAAUGCUUGGAAUGUGGAAAGAGCUUCAGCUUCAGGCAAACUUUCACUUGCCAUAAAAAAAUUCAUACAGGGAAAGACCGUAUCAAUGCUUGGAAUGUGGAAAGAGCUUCAAAUGCAGUAGAAGUCUCACUUCCCAUCAGACAAUUCACAUAUGAGAGAAACCAUAAAAGCAGUGGCAGGUGAUGGUCACUAGACUUGGCAGGGCUGCUAAGAGUUUGCGGAGGUUUGGCCAAUGAGGUCGCUGAGCCUUUGUUAAAGAAUUCACAGCAGGAAGAAAGCAUAUAAACAGGGCUGCCGAGAGACGCACUGGGGGUAGAGAUGUACCAGGCCACAUAGACAGCAGAGGCCCCAGAAUGUCAGCUUUAUUUUUUUUAUAAUAAGUCUCUAGCCCUCCUAAAAAUAAAGUUCUGGAGCAAAAUGUGAGCCCCUCCCCCCCAUGAUUUCAAUGAGGUGAGGUGAGCUUGUGGCUUCUGUCUACUUGUAAUGUCUGUUUGAGAUCAGGUAAUCUUUAUGGGUUAUUUUCUACUACACUGUAAGCGUGGGUGGAUGUUAAAGAACCCCAUGGUCUACACAUCUACUCAGAAGUAAGUCGCUUUGUGCUCAAUGGGCUUACACCCAGGUAAGUGGGUACAGGAUUACAGCCUACGCUUUCUUGUGAGGAAGGGCCAGAGAAGGGUUCAUGGUGAGAGGGCCUGUUCGCCACAGCAACCUGGGAGUUAGCUCACUUGAAUACAAUUGGGACUUUUCCAUCUAAACACACAAUCAUUCCAGAUAGGUUGAAACCUGGCAGUGUACAAAGGGGGAGGGGGAGAGAACAGAACAUGUUCCUCUACAAAGAUGCAUCACUGGUUAAAGGAAGCUACCUGUGGUGCCUCCGAUACAAGCACUACAUCCCCCUUUUCAGCCAUUUUACUUUCAGCAGGUGAAAGACCUACAGUGGCAUAACUCAUUAACAGCACAUGAAACUUCAGCUCUGUGCAUGGUUUAGGGUUGGCACUGGAGGAGAGCAGGGCUCUUGUGCCUUUAACAGCCAUGUGGCAGACACAUACUAAACACAGCAAGCCUUUUGUAGUAUGGCGCUAGUUAUGGGGGAAGUUUCACCUGUUGAUAUUCUGUCUGCUGGAUGCCUCGUGUGUGACUCCUGCUUUAUUUACCCCUGCAAAAGAGGCAACACAUUUGCAUGUGACAUAAAGGGGGUUGGAAUUGUGAGAAUGCACUUCGAAUGGGGCUGAGGUUUGCAUGUCAGAGGAGAGAUAGAGAGGAGUCCUCCAGGUUGCUAGACUGUACCUGUCCUUUACUCAUCUGCUACAUCUUCCUUCCUGUAAACUGAUACUCUUAGGGAAGCUGACCACUCAUUCCAACUCUCCUUCCUGCUUCAUUUCUAACUGUCGAUGAGAAAAGAGACAUCUUUGCUUUGUCUCUCUUACCUGAACCAGCACAGGGGGCAGUGACCACCUCUGGUCUUUCCGCCUCCAAUGUAGCUAGCUAGUUAGAACUGGAAUCGCUUUCUAUCAGUGAUGUAUUUCUAUCAAUAAAGUAAGCUUUUCUUAUCUUACCAAAUCUGAAGCCUUAGUACCUCUUUAUUCCCUUUGUUAAUGGUCAUGAACUGCGGUUUCACCCUCCUUGCUCUCAUGACAACUUAGGGAGAUCUACUUUGGGACAAUGAUGGAUCUUUAUCCUUUGCUUUCCGUAUGUGGUAUCUGACUGACUGGAGUUGUCUUUUUUAUU